AUGCCGACUCCGAAUUCAAGCUCUCACUCUUCUAGGCCUGGGAAAAUUCCCGCGUGUGACCCAUGCAGGGCACUCAAAUUAAGAUGUGAUCAUGAGAAGCCGACGUGUUCUCGAUGCAGAGAAAGAGGCCGCGUGGCUGACUGUGCAUACCGACCGAGGCCGUUCAAACGACCGAUUGGCAAACCUCUAGAGAAGAAGCUGAGAGAUAGCCAAGCAACCUCUGUACCAUCGGACACGGAACGUGCGGAACAUCUGAUUACUCCGUCCGUUCAGUAUCCCAACCCGGGAUAUCUGGGGUCAUCAAGCCAUACGACACUGUUUGAUCAGUUGCAGCUUGAUAGGGAUGUAGGAUCCAAUGACUCCAGCCGGGGAGAUGCGGGCAGGGCAGACUCUCCGACAAAAUAUAUUAUUGAUGAGACUUGUAUCUCAAGAGGUGCGGAGUUUAUCCUUGAAUUACAUCGUGGAUCCAUGAUCCGCCCAUUGGUACAACUUGUCAAAAUUUGGUCCACCAAAGGUACAAACCUUGCGCUUGCUGGUCCCUUCACCGAGCCUUGUGCAGCAACAGCCACCCACUUACUAUCUCAAUGCGAUGGAGGUCAAGCAACUGCGUUGGAGAUUUCCAGCAGCCUCUUCAACCACUCGUGUCGCCCGAUCUCAUUGGAUCAUGGAACAACCUUCGGUGAAUAUUGUGGUAAUAUUUGUGGCCGAAAUGCUCGAUGGGAGUCACUUGGCAUUUUCUUCGUUGCCGCCUGUCGAGCUUCUAUAGAUUUGUCAUAUGCAGAGACACUAUAUGGAUCUGAGCAACAACGUCGUAGGAUCCAGAAGUUAGCACUUUCGUACUCAGACCGGUGCCUGGAUCUAUGCCUACCUUUAGACUGCAUGAACGAUGUGCAGCUCAUUCUUCAAUAUGAAAAUUUUAUUUCUCACUCUCAAGUUGAUGGUGAUCAAAGUGAGUCAGUUCCAUAA